AUGGUGCAUUUCAUGUUUGGGUACAUCUGGUACAUUCGAAGUACAGAGUUAGGCUGGCCAGCACAGCGUGAACCCUCUUCUGGCACUGCAAGAACUGGCAGGGGAGCAUUUGAUGCCGGCAUUGCAGUCACCGGAGCACAGCAAUCCUUCGCCAGUAGCAUCCAGACCUCUGGCCCUCUGGCAUCUCCAAAGAAAAUAGUUGGGGUUUUCUACAAGGCUAAUGAAUAUGUCGAGAUGAAUCCCAACUUUGUGGGCUCUGUAGAGAGAGCUUUGGGCAUAAGAGAGUGGCUGGAAUCACAAGGCCAUGAGUACAUUGUCACUGAUGACAAAGAAGGGCCCGAUUGUGAGCUCGAAAAGCAUAUUCCUGAUCUCCAUGUUCUAAUAUCAACCCCUUUCCACCCGGCAUAUGUUACGGCCGAGAGGAUUAAGAAAGCCAAAAAUUUACAACUUCUUUUAACUGCUGGAAUUGGGUCUGAUCACAUUGACCUACAAGCUGCAGCUGCUGCUGGUCUAACUGUUGCUGAAGUCACUGGAAGUAAUGUUGUUUCGGUUGCUGAAGAUGAGCUUAUGAGGGUCCUAAUCCUCGUACGGAAUUUUGUAACUGGUCACAAUCAGGUUGCUAAUGGGGAAUGGAAUGUUGCCGGUAUUUCUUAUAAAUCCUAUGAUCUUGAAGGGAAGACAGUAGGAACAGUUGGUGCAGGUCGUAUCGGUAAGCUUUUGCUUCAACGGUUGAAGCCCUUCAACUGUAAUCUCCUCUAUCAUGAUCGGCUCAAGAUGGACCCAGAAAUGGAGGCUGAGACAGGGGCAAAGUUUGAGGAAGAUCUUGAUACAAUGCUUCCAAAGUGUGACGUAGUUGUUAUGAACAUGCCUCUAACAGAGAAAACAAAAGGGAUGUUUAACAAAGAAAAGAUUGCAAAGAUGAAGAAAGGAGUUUUAAUUGUGAAUAAUGCUCGAGGGGCAAUCAUGGAUACUCAAGCAGUAGUUGAAGCGUGCGAGAGUGGACAAAUUGGAGGUUAUAGUGGUGAUGUGUGGUAUCCGCAACCAGCUCCCAAGGAUCAUCCAUGGCGAUACAUGCCAAACCAGGCAAUGACACCUCAUAUUUCUGGCACCACAAUCGAUGCUCAGUUGAGGUAUGCAGCUGGAACUAAGGACAUGCUGGAUAGGUACUUCAAGGGUGAAGACUUCCCUGCACAAAAUUACAUUGUCAAGGAGGGAAAGAUUGCCAGCCAAUAUCUUUGAUUCUGCUUUUCCUCAAAUAUGCGGAUUGCCUUCUACUCGAGAGACUUUUUCAUGCAAUUUAAGCUGGUUCAUUGAAUGCUUUCAGAAUAAUGUAGCUGAGGGAAACUAUUGUCAUUGAAAUUUCCCAUGUUUGGCAUAAAAAAAAGUGUUUUCCCAUUGUUUUGGUUUAGUCCUUUUUAUUUCAUUUACUGUAUAAGCUUUGAGGAUCUAUAAAGUUGGGUUUGUGGUUUUG